AUGUCAUUUCGAAAACGGAAUAUAGGGCUAUCUCCCGGUUCACCUCGCGGAAUUGCUUCCAACCAACCCAUUUCGCAACCUUCACAACCUCCGCAUCCUCCGCAACCCCCACAGCCGCCCGCAAAACCUAUCCUGGGUCUGCGCCCCUCACCUGUUGAUGGACGGCAGACAACGUCGACGGGAACACAGACUUUGGAUAAUUUGUUAGCCGGGCAUGCUGGAUUCGUGUUAGGGAAUUCACUCCUGAUUGAAGAAAGAGGCACAACUGAUUACGCGGGCGCUUUGCUCAGAUAUUAUGCUGCGGAGGGUGUUGUUCAAGAGCACCAGAUCCACGUUAUCGGAGUGGGGGAGCAGUGGGGGAGGGCUCUUCCCGGCCUAGUUGGGGCGGCGGAAGCUGCAGAUGACAAAAAAUCUAGUAAAGGAACAGGGGAGAAAAUGAAAAUAGCUUGGAGAUAUGAGCGAUUGGGAGAGUUUGGUACAGGCAUUGCACGAUCGAGAGUACCCGCUCCAACAGCAGAAAAGAAUUCAGAUUCAUCAGAAUCCGCUCCGACGCCGCAAGUGUUCUGUCACACCUUUGAUUUAACGAAGCGCCUUACCCAUCCCUCCUUGGCUUCUAUAAAUUAUGUCCCUCUAUCAACCUCCGCACCUGAUGCUUCCCCAUAUACAUCAGCUCUCCAUCGACUCUCCACCGCAAUAUCCACUUCACAGCCAAAUGUCGUCCACCGAAUCAUCAUUCCAUCCUUACUCUCACCCGCCAUAUAUCCCCCACAUGCCAGUCAACCCGAACACUUGUUACAGUUUUUGCACUCGUUGCGCGCCAUUUUGUCCACAAACUCCAAUCGCAUAACCGCGAUGAUCACCCUCCCACUGUCUCUGUAUCCUCGAACUUCGGGACUCACUCGAUGGAUUGAACUGUUGAGCGAUGGUGUUAUCGAGCUGGCUCCCUUCCCGCAUCUAUCAGAUACCAGCCCAUCUGCAACAUCGGGGGCGGCCACGGCACAAGAGGAACCACCACAGGGUAUGCUCAAAAUCCACCGGCUCCCGGUCCUGCAUGAAAGAGGCGGAGGUGGUGACAGUAGCUUAGGCGAUGAUUGGGCGUUCGCUCUGAGCAGGAGAAAGUUCACAAUCAAACUUUUCAACUUGCCCCCAGUAGAGGGAGAUACCGAUGCGCAACAAGGGAAUGCUUCAAGUGGCACAAGCAAAAAGGACCUCGAAUUCUAA